AACCGGAUCGUUCGCGCACCAACACAUCACUACCGCUGAGUUGCCAAGGAGACGACGAGAGCUGUGGCGCUAGCCGUUAAGCUAACCGUUAGACUCGGAGGAGGACGUCAGAGGAGGCGCCGCAUGUUUGUGUUUGCGGGGAUAUUUGCACCAUGGCAGAGCUGCACAUUAUAGGCCAGAUCGUUGGAGGUAGUGGUUUCCCGCAGAACAGCCUGUUUUGUAAAUGGGGAGUUCAUACGGGAGGAGCAUGGCGUCUUCUGUCCGGGCUGAAGGAGGGUCAGACCCAGGUGGAUAUCCCCCAAACAGGAGACAUGGCGUACUGGAGUCACCCCAUCGAUCUACACUACGCCACUAAAGGGCUCCAGGGCUGGCCGAAGUUUCACCUCCAAGUGUGGCACCAGGACUCUUUCGGACGCUGCCAGCUGUACGGCUACGGGUACUGUCAUGUCCCCUCCAGCCCCGGGCAUCACCGGAUAAGCUGUGUGACCUGGAGGCCGCUCGGCUCCUGGCAAGAACAAAUGGCGCAAAUGUUUGUCGGCGGAGGUCCCCAGCUCCGCAGCCCGGACCUUGUGUACAGCGGGGCGGAUAGAUACAGACUGCACACCGAAGCCAUGGGCACCGUGGAGCUGGAGCUCGGCGUUAUCACAAGACACUUGGACAAGUAUGGCGUCGAGAGUUAACGCAACAAGAAGAGGACUUGUUGACAUGGAUUAUAUUUUGUGCAGGUCGAAGUCUGGCUCGUUUUUAGUAGAGUUUUGUACUUUUUUCUAAACUGAAUUUGUGUUUUUUAUAUAUUAGCUGUAUGUAAAUAAAGAAACUAUCGUACUAGUGAA